CCGCAAAGAUGGCAGCUGAGUCAUUGCCUUUCUCCUUCGGGACCCUGUCCAGCUGGGAGCUGGAAGCCUGGUAUGAGGACCUGCAGGAGGUGCUGUCCUCAGAUGAAAAUGGGGGUACCUAUGUCUCACCCCCUGGAAAUGAAGAGGAAGAAUCAAAAACCUUCACCACUCUUGACCCUGCCUCUCUGGCAUGGCUGACUGAGGAGCCAAGGCCAGCAGAGGGCACAAACACCUCCCAGAGCCCUUGCUCUCCAGAUUCCAGUCAGAGCUCCCUGGCUCAGGAGGAAGAAGAGGAGGACCAAGGAAGACCCAGGAAACGGAAACGGAGUGGCCAGUCCCCAGCCGGGGCUGGAAAGCAACGCAUGAAGGAGAAAGAACAAGAAAACGAAAGGAAAGUGAUGCAGCUAGCUGAAGAGAAUGAACGACUCAAGGAGGAAAUCGAGCGCCUAACCAGGGAAGUGGAGGCGACUCGCCGAGCUCUGAUUGACCGAAUGGUCAAUCUGCACCAAACAUGAACAAUUGGGACCAUCACUUCCCCCUCAGGCCACUACUUUUCCAGAAGUGGCUCCUGACCACCUUUCACCAGUGCCAAUGAUGUGACCCUCAACCCCAGCUAUUCAGUCAGGGGCACUUGGGGUAGACAGUCAGAAAGGGUCUCAGCAUGUACAUAGAGAUUGUAUGUUUAUUUAUUACAGCCCAUAUCCAUUAAAGUGACUUCCUAUGA